AUGGAGAAGAAAAUGAUGGAGAUGAUGGAGCAGAAAAUGCAGGAGAUGCGAGAAGAGCAUAAGAUCGAAAUUAUGGAGCUGACACAAUCAAUUGCUGCAAUUAACUUGCAAAAUCAAAGGAAUAAGAAAACGGAGACUGGUGAGGGUAGUAAUAGAGGAAAUCAGUACGAAAAUGGAAACGAUUGGGGAAGAUCAACGCGAUAUGAAUUUCCUAAAUUUGAUGGUGACGGUUUUGAAGGAUGGAUGACGCGAGCCGAAUAUUUUUUUCAAGUAGCUAAAGUACCAGAGGAAGAGAAGGUUAGAGUGGCCGCGAUUCACUUGGAAGGGAAGGCAUUACAGUGGCAUCGAGGUUUUGAGAGUUUGCAUGGAGAUAUGGCAUAUGCGGACUGGCCGUGCUAUAGCUCAUCUCUAGCUGCUCGAUUUGGUGCGCACGCAUAUGAGGAUCAAUUGGCUGAUCUCAGAAACCUCAAACAAAAAGGUACGCUCCAAGACUAUAUGGAUACUUUUGAUGAAUUAUAUCCUAGAGCUGGAAUUAGAGAAGAUCAAGCCUUGAGCUUCUUUUUAUCUGGAUUAAUUGAUGAGUUGCAAAUGCCAGUGCGUAUGUUUAGACCUAAAGCACUAGCUGAAGCUUAUUCUUUAGCUAAAUUGCAAGAGCUGACUGUUAGAGCUCUAGAUGUGAAAACUAAAGUGAAUCAGAGCAGUGUGCAAUCUCACAGUAGCUAUUAUUCAAGUAGCAAACCUAUGGCUGUGACUGCUACUAAUAAGUGCAGCAAAAAGAAAUCAUAUGUGGUGCAGUUACUUGAAGUGGGAGAGGAAGAAGAGGAAACUGAUGAAGAAGAGAUAGAGGAGAAGUCUGAGUUGCAGCUUUCAUUACAUGCGGUUUGGGGAAAGAAUGGACCCCAGAAACUUAGUUGUAAGCUGCUUCCUGUUACUUCAAAAGCUGUGGAAGUGGCAAAUGGACAGAUCCUACAAUGUAAUCAGAAGUGUAGCAGAUUGGAGUGGGAGAUGCAGGGGUCUAAGUUUCAAGCUGAAGUUUAUCUCAUAACUCAAGAAACUUAUGAUCUCAUAUUAGGGGGUGAAUGGUUGUCUACUUUGGGUGAGAUUAAGUGGAAUUUCAAUAAUCUCAGUAUGGUUUUCAAAAUUAAGGGUGAGGAAGUGAAGCUGCAAGGGGAAAGAUGGUCACCAAAAGCUGAACAAUUAAAUUUCUUACACAUACUGAAUCCAGAGGAGGAAGAUGUGAAUGGAAGGAAACUGAAUCAGUGGAUACCCGAGGCUGAGAUUGAUAGAGAGCAUGAUCACAAGAUAGUGUUGAAAGAUGGUGCUGAGGCAGUGAACAUGUGGCCUUACAGAUAUGCUGCACACCAAAAGGAUGUGAUUGAAACCAUGGUUGAGGAUAUGUUAAAGGCUGGAGUUAUAAGGCACAAUGAGAGUUCUUUUGCAAGCUCUAUUGUAUUAGUUAAGAAGAAAGAUUCCACUUGGAGGAUGUGUGUAGAUUAUAGAGCCUUGAAUGCUAUAACGGUUAAAGACAAAUAUCCUAUACCUGUGAUAGAAGAGUUACUAGAUGAGUUGGGAAGAGCAGCUUGGUUUUCUAAAAUUGAUCUAAGAUCCGGCUAUUGGCAAGUCAGAAUGAAGCCUGAGGAUAUAUAUAAGACAACCUUCAAGACUCAUUCAGGGCAUUAUGAGUUUUUAGUCAUGCCAUUUGGCUUGACAAAUGCUCCAGCCACUUUUCAAAACCUGAUGAAUACCAUCUUUAGAAGUUACUUGAGAAGAUUUAUAUUGAUUUUCUUUGAUGAUAUCCUCAUUUACAGUGACAGUCAAGAAGCUCAUGAGCAUCAUCUCAGGUUGGUUAUGGAGGUGAUGAGGAAAAAUAGCUUGCUAGCUAAAAGAAGUAAAUGCACUUUUGGGUGUAGAAAAGUGGAAUAUCUAGGUCAUGUUAUAUCUGAUAAGGGAGUUGCCACUGAUGAAGGAAAGAUUGAAGCAGUUAAACAGUGGCCUCAACCUAAAAAUGUCAAGCAAGUGAGAAGCUUCUUGGGUUUAACUGGAUAUUACAGAAGGUUUGUGCAUAACUAUGGAGUAAUAUCUAGACCAUUGAUUGAGGUGAUCAAGGAAAACAUAUUCAGGUCGACAACAGAAGCACAAGAAGCCUUUGAGAAACUCAAAUUGGCCAUGAUUACUGCUCCUGUGCUAGACUUGCAUGAUUUUUCUAAAGAGUUUAUAGUAGAGACUAAUGCAUCGGGAAGUGGGAUAGAAGCUGUGUUGAUGCAGGAUAAGCAUCCUAUAGCCUUCAUUAGUAAGUCUCUAUCACCUAAAUAUCAGAAUUUAUCAGUAUGUGAAAAAGAAUUGCUAGCUAUUCUGAUGGCCAUCAAGAAGUAG